AUGGGCAACGCAGCCAUACUAAGGAUGCAAUAUUGGGCUCCCCUACGCCUUCGACGCCAUUAUACGGACCGUGAGACAGAUGAGAACCGCGCAGCAUCAGCAGCCAGAGAGCCUAAGGAUACUCGUCAUAUCUUCUACAGACCUUGCCUAGGCCUGAUUGCUGGGCAAUACAUCACUACCGAAAGGUGGGCUUGUUCUAUACCACCUGGAGUCGACAUCAUCACCGUCAGCAAAGGCUUCGGGACAGGCGUCUGGCUGACUGGCCAAUUCACCGCUUUCUGCUUAUCAGAGCGGGCGCGAGAGUUGCAUCUGCAGUACCCGCCUUUGGCGUCUAUUGACACGCUUGAUAACCUGCCGGACUGGGCCGCCGAUGAGGCAGGGUUUAUUCGUUGGUACCUGCAAGAAGACAAGCGGUGGAAUUGGCUAAAUGACCCAAAUACAUUCCGCAUAGACCCCAGAACACUAAGAACACUAGACGUCAGACUCUCAUACGCUCGCGGCGAAGCCUUAUCGAUGCCCCAGGAUGUUUCGCGCACAAACGCAGCCAAUCGGAUUACAGAUCGGGCGCGAUGGCUGACACCUUACCACCUCACCGCUCGCGGCUACUACGAAGCACUGAAUGUGACCGCGGCAGAUCCGUUCUCAGCCUGUCACGGCGACUGGUUCAAUCCAGUGGGUAUCUGCCCGGAGCUCCACACACUAUUCGCCGAGCGACUCCGUGAUGCGGAUCAAUGGCACCUUUCUCUUCCGGAUAGGGCCUCAUUUUGCCCGUCAAGGUACCGGCUGCGACGCUCGCUCCUGUUACAACAUCACGCAACCCGUCUCCGGAUGCAGCAGACUUUCACGAUGCAGUCUUGUAGUAUACAGCAGGACUGGUAUGGCAUCUACUCGCUGCACGAUCAGACAUCGCCGCACAGUGGCUGGCUCUAG